AUGGACAAGAAAGAGACCAUCGAGGCACCCGAGCUUGUCGAGGAUCCCGCCGACCCGAAGCAACGGACCAACUAUGACAAGGUUGACAAUGAGGUUGCUAUGUAUGCCGGCGAAACCAUCGUCGAGAUUGAUGAAGCGACAAACAAGAGGUUGAAGAGAAAGAUUGACGAGAGGGUGCUGAGUGUAAUGAUCGUCACAUACUUCAUGCAGUCUUUGGAUAAGGGAACGAUGUCGUUUUCGUCCAUCAUGGGUAUUAUUGAUGAUACAGGUCUCAAGGGCCAAGAGGAAAACUACAUCAUUCAGAAAAUCCCGAUCGCAAAGUGGCUUGCCUUUAACAUCAUCAUGUGGGGCAUCACACUGAGUCUCCACGCUGCAUGCAACAACUUUACUGGUCUGAUCAUCGUCCGUGGUUUCCUGGGCGGUUUCGAAGCAGUCUGCCAACCGGCGUUCGUACUCUUGACUUCCAUGUGGUACAAGCGCGAAGAACAAGCCGCGACGGCCAUUUACUGGUGA